AUGGAGGUAAAAAGGGACUCUAUAAUUGGGCUUGAAGAGGCGGAUAUAGCAGACCCAAAUUUGCACCCCAAGCUGCAGCGCUGCAGAGAAUAUGCUGCUUCGGUGGAGCCUGACCCUCGCUACGUUGAGAAUUCCGCGCACGAAAAAAUUGUGUUGGAGCAGCUGAAGCUCUUUGAGUCUCAA